UUCACGGCUCUCUCAGCUUCAGCAGUGCUUGCCUUCAGUGGUCGCACUUGGAGGGUCCAGCCACACUGGUCAGGGGAGGAGCCACCGCCACCACCUGACCAUGGCCGAGGAUCUGGUUCUGAAGAAAUGUGACCUGCAGCUGGAGGUCAACGGCCAUGACCACCGCACAGCUGACUUGUGCCGGGGGAGACUGGUGGUGAGGCGGGGCCAGCCCUUCUGGCUGACCCUGCACUUCGAGGGCCGAAGCUACGAGGCCAGCACGGACAGCCUCACCUUCAGUGCAGUGACCGGCCCAGCCCCCAGCGAGGAGGCCGGGACCAAGGCCCGCUUCCCACUAUCCAGUGCUGUGGAGGAGGGCGCCUGGGCGGCCACCGUGCUGAACCAGCAGGACGGCGUGGUCUCGCUGCAGCUCAGCACCCCGGCCAGCGCCCCCGUCGGCCUGUACCGCCUCAGCCUGGAGGCCUCCACCGGCUACCAAGGCUCCAGCUUCAUGCUGGGCCACUUCACGCUGCUCUUCAACACCUGGUGCCCAGCGGAUGCUGUGUACCUGGACUCAGAGGAAGAGCGGCAGGAGUACGUGCUCACCCAGCAGGGCUUCAUCUACCAGGGCUCGGUCAAGUGCAUCAAGAGCAUACCUUGGAACUUUGGGCAGUUUGAAGACGGGAUCCUGGACAUUUGCUUGACGCUCCUGGACAUGAACCCCAAGUUCCUGAAGGAUGCCUGCCGUGACUGCUCCCGCCGCAGCAGCCCUGUCUACAUGGGCCGGGUGGUGAGCGCCAUGGUCAACUGCAAUGAUGACCAGGGUGUGCUGCUGGGACGCUGGGACAACGAUUACAAGGAUGGCGUCAGCCCCAUGUUCUGGAUCGGCAGUGUGGACAUCUUGCGGCGCUGGAAGACCUCGGGCUGCCAGCGUGUCAAGUACGGCCAGUGCUGGGUCUUCGCAGCUGUGGCCUGCACAGUGCUGCGGUGCCUUGGUAUCCCCACCCGAGUGGUGACCAACUUUAACUCGGCCCAUGACCAGAACAGCAACCUGCUCAUCGAGUAUGUCUACAACAAAUUUGGGGAGAUCCAGAGGGACAAAAGCGAGAUGAUCUGGAACUACCACUGCUGGGCGGAGUCAUGGAUGAGCAGGCCGGACCUGCAGCCUGGCUACGAGGGGUGGCAGGCCCUCGACCCCACGCCCCAGGAGAAGAGUGAAGGGACAUACUGCUGUGGCCCGGUUCCGGUUCGUGCCAUCAAGGAGGGCAACCUGAGCACCAAGUACGACGCUCCUUUUGUCUUUGCUGAGGUCAAUGCCGACGUGGUGAACUGGAUCCUGCAGGACGAUGGAUCCAUGUGCAAGUCCACCAACAACUCCCAGACCGUGGGGAUGAAGAUCAGCACAAAGAGCGUGGGCCGUGAUGAGCGGGAGGAUAUCACCCACACCUACAAGUACCCGGAGGGGUCCCCAGAGGAGAGAGAAGCCUUCAAAAGGGCCAACCACCUGAACAGGCUGACUGAUAAAGUGGAGACGGGGGUGGCCAUGCGGAUCCGCGUGGGCCAGAGCAUGAACAUGGGCAGUGACUUUGACGUCUUCGCCUACAUCACCAACAACACGGCCGAGAGCCACACCUGCCGUCUCCUGCUGCAUGCCCGCACCGUCAGCUACAACGGGGUCCUGGGGCCCGAGUGUGGCACCAAGGACCUGCUCAGUCUUUCACUGGAGCCCUUGUCCGGUAAGGCCCUGCGUUCCCGGAGCAGUUACUGACCACCAAGCAACGAUGCGCUAGGUAAUG